AUGGAAACCGGGAGCCCCAGGAAGAUACAGUUCACCGUCCCCCUACUGGACACCCACCUGGACCCAGAGGCAGCAGAACAGAUCAGAAGACGUAGACCCACUCCUGCCACUUUAGUGGCAUCCAGUGAUCAGUCAUCACCUGAAAUAGAUGAAGAUCGUCUCCCAAACCAGCUGUACAAGGCAGCCUUGUUGAACUCCCCUCGACAACGGCGAAAAGGACAAAAGGGAACUCCUACGAUGAAAGAACUGCAGUUCCUGGUAGAGCACCACCUGUACAGGCAGCAGCAGGGAGCUGGGGACGAGUGCUCCUCAGAGAGCUGCCUGUCGGACAGGCCCAGCCCUGACUCUGUUCCCACCGGGGAGGAGCUCCCACACGACGACGAGGCCACUGCGGAGGCCUUUGAGAAACUGCGUUGCCAAAUGGAAGAGUUCUCGAGGGAGAGUCUAUUAGAGGCUGCAGGUGGACUUGAGUGCCCCCUCUCCAAGGAGAAAGAGGAUCGUUCCAGUGUUGCCAAUGUAGCAGAUCCCUCCUCGCAACAAAACAACGCAAAAGAAGACACAGCUGCAGCAUCCAGUGCAAGUCAAGCGGCAGAGGAUAAGACAAAGAAAAGCAGCCUGGAGAAAGAGAAAUAG